AGCUUUUUAGUCAGCCGAACUAGUCGCGAGGGCUUCGGUGUGUGUAUUUGCAGCGGUACGUCGAAUCACAACAAACGCUUCCCCCCAUUCUUGCACUGACAUAAAGAAAAGGAAAAAAAAAAAAAACCCGUGGGACUGUGAAUUGAAAGGAUAGACAGAUAAUAAAGAAAAGUAGUUUUAAAAACAUAUACACAUUCUUAGAUAGAGCGCGACACACACACACGCGCGCACGCUCUGUUACACAGUCAAGAGAAAAGUGUGUUUAGGGUUGAAGUUUCCGACACAGGAUAAACCGUGUCGCGCUUUGUAAAUAUUUGGUUUUGUAGCCUAUGCACAGAGGGCUGGAUUUAUCUCCGAUGUGAUUUCUGAUUGUGGAUUUGUUUAUAUAACUUUCUUUACAGGUUCUCCGGAGAGGAUGGUCUCCCAUGUCAUCUGGAAUUAACGAAGCGCGCGCCACUGCGCCACGCUCACGCAUGAGAUUUAAUAGGAUGGUCAUACACAGGCGAGGUCUGAACAAGACACACGAUCUGGUCUAGGGUCCUCCUGGAUAGCGAAAUAUGAAGACUGGGAUGGAUCGGCGGUACCCCACGAAGAGGGGUGAACUGAGUUGACCACAGAAAGACACUGGGAACUGAACCCCCCCCCCUGCCGCCCACACACAUGGUCUGCGAGGAGACAUGAGGCCAAGUCAAGCCAUCAAGUUUGUGUUUAUGGUCGGUAUCGUGUCCUGCCUGAUCACCAUUUGUUUCUGGUCCACUUGCGCCACCCGACCUUUGGAAGUUGGGUCAGAAGAUAGAGCAGAAUACGACAGCCAAGGGAAUUUUAUUUUGACGAAAUAUCACAAGAGGGGAACUAACUCAAUUAAUGGUGCAGGAGUCGAAUCCAUGCAAGUUAUCCACCCUGACGAGUACCAUGAGCUGGAGUGCAAUAUCAACAGCGAGACAACUAUCAAGUGCAGGCGUGAAGGGAAUGAAAUCUACAUGCCAUUUUCGUUCAUCAAAAACUACUUUGAGGUAUUUGGAGAAGUGCAAGAGACUGAUGGUUAUGAGAGGUUUGAGUUCCAUCACUCCAACUCCAUUGUUCACCCGCCUCGUCCAACAUACACACCAGGCUCUGUCUUCAUGGCCUUUGACUACUACAAUGUGGAGAACAGAGACAGGGUUAAGUGUGUCACUGCCUCAGAGGGUGUCCCCAUCACCACACAAUGGAACAAAGAUGGAUACCAUUACCCUAUUCAGGUUGCCCAGUACGGCCUGAGCCACCAUGCCAAGCACAUUGUUAAUGGAGACCCUGACCAGAUAGUUCUGGAAGAUGGGGAGGAAGACAAUUUGUCCGACUGGGUGAUGCCAGACAAGAAAUCUCAAGUGAAAACUGACAGAGACGCUGAUAAAAAAACUCGGGUUGUGGAGUUUCUUACUUCAGAUUCUCUUCACACUAAAGGAAUCACUAUUGUAGCUGCUGAUAAAAACAACAAAUGCAUCAUCAUGGAUGUCAAAUUUGUGACGAAUGGCAGUGUGACAGUUGUUGUCGAACUGACCUCAGGGGAAACCAUGAACAUCCAUUAUGUGUUCACCAACAACUACAUCAGCUUUGAUGGGAAAUCUAAUAUCUAUUAUGGGAUGGGUGAGAGACGAACACAUUGGAUGCGUCUGGCCAGAGAUUUAAAAUUUGACUUAAUGAAGGGUUUACUACUUAAAGUUCGACUCGACAAGAUCAAAGAGUCUUAUGGACUCACCAGAGUAAAAGAAAUUAAAUUUCAUGGUCACGGUUGGCUGGACAAUCUGACCUUGUCGUACUCUGUGCACGUAGAACAAUUCUAUGAUGCCGCCAACUGGCUUGUUCAGCACCAAGACCAGCGAGGAGGCUGGCCUAUAAUGGUGCAGCGGCGUGUGGUUACUGGAAUUCUGGAACUUUCUCCGGGCUGGUAUUCAGCCAUGGGUCAGGGUCAGGCUAUGUCAGUUCUAGUCAGAGCUUAUUUAGACUCUAAAGAUGAUAAAUAUCUGCAAGUUGCAAUCAAUGCUUUGAAUUUAUUUGAAGUGGACAGCUCACAAGGAGGAGUCAGGGCCAAAUUUCUGGGUCAGUUUGAUUGGUAUGAAGAGUACCCAACCACGCCUAGUUCAUUUGUUCUCAAUGGCUUUAUUUAUUCACUUCUGGGUCUCUAUGACUUAAAAGAGACAGCCAGUGGAGCUGGAAAGGAAAGAGCAGAGAGACUCUACAACUCAGGAAUGAAAUCUCUGAAAGCCAUGAUAGGGAUGUACGACUCAGGUUGCGGUACAUUUUAUGACCUGCGCCACAUCACAGUGGGGAUUGAGCCUAACCGAGCUCGGUGGGACUACCACACGACACACAUUAACCAGCUCCUGCAGCUGAUGAUCAUAGACGAUGAUGAGAUCUUCAAAACGACAGUACAAAGAUGGCUUGGGUAUUUAAAGGGUAAAAAAUCUAGACAUAACUGAUUCCAUGGUACACAUGUUGCAUAAUUGGGUUGUUGACUUUUGUGUUUAAUAUUAUGUUUUUGUUACUUCUAUUUAUUUUCAACCUUUUUGCCAUGGUCAAAAGAUACAAUUAUUUGGCUGAAUAAUAUUCUAAUUAUUUUGUAUGUUUGAAUGGUGAUUGUACAAUGGUAUUUGCUGUAUUUAAAAAACUAGGGGUAAUGUUUGUUGUUUGUUAUUUAGGAUGGCUGCUUGGUCAUGUGGUUUGCUUUCUGGACUGUGGUCUCAAUGGUCCCAGGUUCAAACCCUGCCCACUACCAUCCCACACUGUCCUGCAAUAGAUUUGGGCUAGAAUGUAAUAAUGUAAUAAUCGUCCAUUCUGAGGGAACAUGGGAAAAUAUAAAACAAACCAAUGGACAGACUUUUUUUUUUACUUAUUAAAUAGGGCCUAUAGCUGUUUAGAUUGUUUUUUUUUUUUUUUUUUAACAUUCCUUUAAUGUAAUUAUACAUUACUAAGUAUUGAUCUCUUAUUUACCCACUGUGACUGGCUGGCUAGGAACUACUCUUUAAAUUCUUAUUUCUUUUUCACUAUUCCUGAAUUAUCAACAUAACUUAGUAGAAAUUUUCUACAGGUUUGAUAUGCAUUGACCUUUGAACCCUUAGGUGGUGGGUUUAAACCUUUAUGAUAAUUUUUUCUGUCACCUAUAUUUCAUCAGUAUUAUAUAGUUAAC